AAAGAAAUCAAUUUCAAUCUUCAUCUACAAUUUAGAAUUUGUAUCUUCGUGUACCUAAACAUCAAUGUUUAUGAAUAAUUCAUGCAAAAUGUAAAUUUUCUGAAUGCGAGAUUGCCACGAUAGAGGUGCAAAACAGCGCGUUGAACAGAACAGAAAAGUUUUUAUAGUUUCGUGCAUUCGUUACUUGUCUUCUAAAUCUGCAAUGCUGCAUGGUGACAUGUCAACAUGGCUGCAGACCAAGUAGUGGACACGCGCGACGUCAUGCAAAUGUUAGACAAUUCAACAAAACCCGAGGGGAUUUUGUUGGUUAGCGGCAAGAGAAAGUCAGGAAAAGAUUACAUCACCGAAAUUUUGCACAAAAGGAUAGGCUCACAAAGAAGCACAAUCAUACGCUUAUCAGGACCUAUAAAAACGCACUGGGCUAAAACUUUGGAGCUUGAUAUCGAUCAAUUGCUGGGAGAUGGAGAGUACAAGGAGAAGUAUCGUCUUGAAAUGGUCAAAUGGAGCGAGAAUCUGAGAAAGAAGGAUUACGGUUAUUUCUGUCGCGCUGCUAUUGAUAUGUAUAAUGCUUGGGACAAGCCAGUAUGGAUAAUAAGCGAUGUUAGAAGAAAAACUGACAUCAAGUGGUUUCUAGAAAAUUUUGGAGAUGUCUGCAAGACUAUACAUAUAUUUUGUCCUGAAGAAGUUAGACAAAAGCGUGGUUGGAUAUAUACACCAGGUAUAGAUGAUUCAGAAACGGAGUGCGACUUGGAUGAUGUAAGCAGCUGGGAUGUCUUGCUGGAGAACGACGAUGACAGUGAUAUAGAAACUAUAUUGCAACGAUUGCUAGACUUAAUUAGCAAAUAAGAGCUUUCAACGCAAGUAACAAGACAAGGGAAAUGUAUCGAUAUAAUUCACGUUUGGCUACACAACUUUGACAGGCUUUGACAUUUGGAUUAGUAAAGAAUUAGUUUAAAAAAUAUAUAUUUUGUACAAAACGUGAACAAAUAAGAUUGCUUUCGAUUGCACAGA